AUGGACGUGGAAGCGAGCCAUGGAUCUCCGCCCACGCGCAGCAAGACGACGAUGCACCGGCUCUUGGUGGCGAUCAACUGCGUGAUGCUCGCGCUUGGCGUCACCGGUGGGCAGCUCCUCAGCCGCCUCUACUUCAGCAAGGGUGGCCACCGGCAAUGGCUCUCCGGGUGGCUACAGACCGGUGGCUGGCCGCUGCUGCUCCCACCAGUGGCAGCUUCCUACGUCCGUCGCCGAGGCCGAGCGCGCGACCAGAGCACCCCGCCGGUCCUGCUGCUCACCCAGCCGCGCAUACUGCUGGCCGCCGCGGGGCUCGGGCUCAUCGCGGGCUUGGACAACUUGCUUUACGCCUGGGGGCUCGAGUUCCUGCCCGUCUCCACUUCCGCGAUCCUCGUCUCGACGCAGCUCGCGUUCACGGUGCUCUUCGCGUUCCUCGUCUUGCGGCAGCGGCUGACGGUGGCCACGGCGAACGCCGUGGCGCUGCUGACGGCCGGCGCCGUCGUGCUGGCGCUGCACGUCUCCUCCGACCGCCCCACGGGCGUCACCGGGAGCCAGUACUGGCUGGGCUUCGCGCUCACCCUGGGCGCCGCGGUGCUGUACGGGCUCUUCCUGCCGCUGGUCGAGCUCACCUACAAGCUGUGCGCUGCUGCGGGUGGCGGCGGUGGCGGCUGCGCCGUGACGUACGCGCUGGUGGUGGAGAUGCAGCUGGUGAUUGGGUUCGUCGCCACCGCCUUCUGCACCGUCGGCAUGAUCGUCAACAAGGACUUCCAGGCCAUCCAGAGACCCCACGCUCCACAGACCAUUAAUCCCACGGGGGCUGCGCGCGAGACCAUGCGCCGUCACGUCGAGGCUCGAAUAGACUCCGGCGCUGACCGACUCGCACCGGGGGAAUGGGGGAAUGGCUGGCGUGCCAGCAGCAUAGCCACAGCCCGGCUGGUCAGGGUCUCAGGGGCGCCCGCAGUAUCGCGCGCGCUCACGUUCUUAUCACGUAAUAAAGCUCGUGCCCCGCCGUCCGCCGACGCCCGACGCCGUACCCCUCCUUCGAGGGGCGGCCAGUACGUCUUCCUCACCAACUCGGUAUCAUGGGCUCUCGCCGGCUUAGUGUUGACGCAGACGUGCGCAGGCAGAGCCAGCCGCAGCGCCAUGGACGUAGAAGCGCGCAAGGACGCGCCGCCCGCGCGCGGCAAGGCGAUGCACCGCUUUCUGGUGCCGCUCAACUGCGGGAUGCUCGCGCUGGGAGCCAUCGGCGGUCCGCUCCUGAGUCGCCUCUACUUCAGCAAGGGCGGCCACCGGCAGUGGCUGUCCGCGUGGCUCGAGACCGGCGGCUGGCCGCUGCUGGUGGUUCCCGUGGCGGCGUCGUUCCUCGCCCGCCGCGCGCGCGACCGGGGCGCGCCGGUCCUGCUCACCCCGCCGCGGAUCCUGCUGGCCGCCAUGGCGCUCGGCGUCGCGACGGGCGUGGAUGACUUCAUCUACGCCUACGGGCUCGCGUACCUCCCCGUGUCCACGUCCGCGAUCCUGAUCUCGACGCAGCUGGCGUUCACGGUGUUCUUCGCGUUCCUCGUGGUGCGGCAGCGCCUGACGGCGGCGUCCGUGAACGCCGUGGCGCUGCUGACGGUGGGCGCCGUGGUGCUGGGCCUGCACGUCUCGUCGGACCGGCCCCCGGGGGUCACCAGGGGCCAGUACUGGCUGGGCUUCACCCUGACGCUCGGCGCCGCCGCGCUCUACGGCCUCGUCCUGCCGCUGGUGGAGCUCGCGUACAAGCGCGCCGCGGGCGGCGGCCGCGCCGUGUCGUACGCGCUGGUGGUGGAGAUGCAGCUGGUGAUGGGGUUCUUCGCCACCGCGUUCUGCACUGUAGGCAUGAUCGUCAACAAGGAUUUCCAGGCGAUCCCGAGGGAGGCGAGGCAGUACGAGCUGGGGGAGAGCCGGUACUACACGGUGCUGGUGUGGUCAGCGGUGCUGUGGCAGUGCUUCUUCCUAGGCGCGGUGGGGGUCAUCUUCUGCGUGCACACGCUGCUGGCGGGCAUCCUCAUCGCCGUGUUCAUCCCGGUGACCGAGGUGGCCGCCGUCAUCUUCCUGCACGAGAAGUUCAGCAGCGAGAAAGGCGUGGCGCUGGUGCUCUCGCUCUGGGGCCUCGCCUCCUACUCCUACGGCGAGUGGAGCGAGGCCAAGAAGCAGGCCAAGAAGAAGAGGGAGGGCGCCGCCGCCGCGGCGGAGGCCCAGCCGGCGGCCCCGUGA